CUGUACGAGAUUCUGAAUUGUGUUUGUGUUUAUUGACAUGGUAUCAGAACCUCUCAGUCGUCUCUGAACUCGUGCUUCGUGAUUACGUUUGCUUGCUGCAGUGUUCCGCUGCGUUUUCUGUGCUUCUGGGAUUUCUUGUGCGCUGUCCGUGGUCCUUUUUUCCGACGCGUGUCUGUGACCCUUGCUUGCUUCGGGUUGGUGUGAUUGCUCUUGGGUUUCUGGUCAUUGCUCUUUGGUUUCUGGUUCUCUUCUUAUUCUCGGCUGGGGUGCUAUUAUUUCUGGACGGUUGCUAUUAUCUCUGGGCUAUUCUUCUCGGCAUUAUUAUGGAGGGUCACAAGGGCGAUGCUAUCUCGGUUUGUUUCAAUGGUAAGAAUUUUGCUCUAUGGGAAUUUCAGUUUAUGAUCUAUAUUCAAGGCGUCGAUUGCUAUCUGUUCUGGAUGGGACUUCUCCUGAGCCUGGAGAGGAUGAUUCGGCCAAAGCUAAGGAGGAUUGGGCGGCAAACAAUGCCGUUGUUAUGUCAGCCCUUCUCGGCUCUAUGCAUCCGGGAAUUUCUUUGAGUUUACGGGGGUUUUCUACUGCUGCGGCCAUGUGGCAGCAUCUUACUACAUUGUACUCCAAGGCUAGUGCUUCUCGGAAAUUUGAUGUGGAACUUGACCUUGCUAAUCUCAAGCAAGGAGACAGGGAUGUGAGUACAUUCUAUCAGGACGCUAUGACUCUCUGGACGGAACAUGAUCUUUUGAUGAGCUCGUUAGUCCCCGCUGCUGCCUCGGCUGAUGUAAUCCGCGAACGUACUAGUUCUCGGGUUAUGCGCUUUUUGAUGCAUCUUCGAGCUGAGUUUGAGAGUGUUCGGGCCUCUCUGCUUCAUCGAAAUGUGGAUACGAUGGAGGAGGUUCUCGCAGCUCUUCUCCGCGAAGAGACGCGGCUUCGCAGCCAGUCGAAGCUCGACAUUCAUGCUAGUGAUAAUGCUCUACAGCUUUUGCUGUUCACGGGGGUAAACCUCCAAAUGUAAACCACAAAUCUCCUGAAGUAAACCAGAAACACCAUAAAGCAUACCACAAAUUUUUCUAAAACACACCAAAAAUAUCUUAAAGCAUACCACAACCACGAGAAAACAAACUAACAAAAAAAGACCAUAAACAAGAGAAAUCAAACUACAAAUCUCAUAAUGCAAACCACAAAUAUUUUUAAAACGCACCAGAAACCUCCAAAUGUAAACCACAAAUCUUCUGAAGCAAACCAGAAACACCACAAAACAUACCACAAAUUUUUCUAAAACACAACAAAAAUAUCUUAAAGCAUACCACAACCACGAGAAAACAAACAAACAAAAAAACAGACCAUAAACAAGAGAAAUCAAACCACAAAUCUCAUAAUGCAAACCACAAAAUUCGACACCUAGUGAAUGAUAACUAAACUUCGGUGAUCGAUGACCAUUAUAUCAUCAUGCACUACGUUUUCAUGUGUGUCAUGACAUUACGAUCGGAUAUAAACAAAUUAUUUUAACAAAAAAAUUGUCCUCUAACUUACUAGCUCGACUCAAUGCUAGUUUGUAAAUUUACAUAGAGUCUCUUAUUUAUCGAUGCAUUGCAUCUGAUUCAUUCUCUAAGAGAGAAUCAGAAUUAUUAUUUCAAAAUUUAUCUAUUCUUCAUCCUUUUCAUAGAAAUUAAUCUUUCAAGUGUGUAGAACUAGAACUUUAGCUUCGCUGCUCAUAAAAAACUAUAGCUUGUUUUAUUAUUUUAAAAAAAACCUUUACCUUGCUUUCCGUUGGCGGCUGCUAAUUAGUUGUUAUAAAAAGAAAAGUUAAUUCAAAAUGGGCCUUGGGUAGUAGGGAUGGCAACAAAACCCGAACCCACGGGUACCCACCCGACCCAACCCGGUCAACGCGAGUAAAAUCCGUGUUGAUGGGUUUUGGGCCGGGUUUGGGUUUAAACCCGUUCACUAUUCAUCGGGUUGGGUUGGGUUUGGGUUUAGGUAAACCCGACCCAUGGGUACCCGACCACACCCAUAUAAUUAAUUUUUUGGUAUAUUUAAUAUUCUAAACAACUAAUCUUAUUUAUGUUUGUGGAGACAUGCCUAAUUUUUUCUUUCAAAUUGUGUAGAAUGAAGUUGCUAUUAUCUAGUGGAGAGUGAAGAAACUUAAUUGAAAGGAAGAAGCUUUCAAUUAAUCAUGUUAUUUAUGGAUAAUUUGUGAUUUGCUUCAAUUUUCUUGAGUUUUCUAGAUUGGUGUUGAAAAAUUUGUAUAGUUAAUUUGUGAUUUGCUUGAAUUUUCUAGAAUUGUGUUUUAAAUAUGGAUAAUUUGUAUUGAGAGAUUGAUAUUUGACCUUAAUUUUGAUAGGAACUUGUUAUUGUAAAUUUUUUACGACAAAACCCGUGGGUACCCAUGAACUCGCGGAUACCCAACGGGUUGGGUUGGGUUUGAGUUUUUCAAACCCAGUGAGUUUUACCCCGGGUUUUUUUCACGGAUAAACCCAUGGGUUUGGGUUUGGGUUUGGCAAAACCCGACCCAACCCGACCCGACCCAUUGCCAUCCCUAUUGGGUAGUGCAGUGCUAGUGCAGGCGGCCUGCAUGAGAGCGGGAAACGCGGAUACUUUUUUGUAUGGACUAUUAUGCCCUCUUUUACUUUUACGGUAGAAAAAUUGAGUCAACUAAUAUCUAAUAAAAAGUCAAUGAAACU